UCAGAUUAAUUUCGCUUUAUAAGCCUGUAUUGUCAUCACAAGAUCAUCUGGUGUAUGAAAUCCGCCUGUAGCAUUAAACCUGUCCUGGAUUCUCACUAGAAGGCAGCACUGUGAUUUUAACACAGGUAUCUUACGGAUUUUAUUGUAACAGUCGCGUCAAAGAAUGCCCGUCGACAGCGCGUCACCGCGUCAAACAUGUCUGUCGGUAUGUGCAGGUCUCUACCAUGAGCGUCUGACGCGCUCAGGAAGCGUUUGACCAUAGCGUUCCGCGACGCGCUCAACGCGACUGCGGAUGCUAAACACUCUCUCGGGCGUCAUAGAGGAAUGAGUAUCCACAAUCCAGUGGUUAACAUUAAAUAAAGGCCUCUGGAGUUAUCGACUGCUGGAGCCUGAUUUGAUGCGUCUCUGUGGUCCGGGGUGCACAUUGAUUUGUGAUGGACGGGAUGAAGAGGACAGUGCUCUCUCUCUCUCUCUCUCCCCUGUUUUUGUGACCCGUCAGCACAGUGACUUCCACACAUGCCAUAGAUGUCCUCCCCUUAGCUCACUGAGCUAACUUUAUUUCUCCUCAUCACCCCUGUUAUCCUUCCACUCUUCCCUCUCUCAUGCCUCUUGCUCUGUCUUUACUCUGUCUCUCUUCUCUUAUCUGUACCUUGUUCAUCCUCUUUAACUUUCCCGUCCUCCCUUCCUCUGCCACUCCUGCUCUUUGUUGGAUGGCAUAAUGGUGUGCUGUGGUCGAGUGCUGGAUUCACCCUGCACUCUGGCUCUGUUGGUGGGCUUCCAGUUUGCGUUUGUCCUUUACUUCUCCCUGGGAGGCUUUCGUGGCCUAGUGUCUGUAUUGGUUCAUUCGUCUGAGCCUGAGAUCGACUACUCUCGACCGCAUGAUGUCUACACUAACCUCACCUCUCUGCUGCUCCACCAUCCAGGACCCGGUGGACCAGAAGAGCAGCUCGGGGACUGUGUGCUGCCUUCUCCACUGCUGGUGGGUCCUGUUUCUGUCCACCUCUCCUCACCCCCUUCCCUGGAGAAGAUAAAAGAGAAGAACCCCUUGGUGACCUUAGGGGGUCAUUACCGCCCGCCAGACUGUGAGCCACGGCACCACACAGCCAUCGUGAUCCCCUACCGGAACCGGCAGACCCACCUCCGCGCCCUCCUCUACCAUCUGCACCCCUUUUUGCAGAGGCAGCAGGUCCACUACGGCAUUUACAUUGUGCACCAGUCAGGGAACUCCACCUUUAACCGAGCGAAGUUGCUGAAUGUUGGAGUGCGGGAGGCACUGAAAGAGGAGAACUGGAGCUGUAUUUUCCUGCAUGACGUCGAUCUGCUGCCUGAGAAUGACCACAACACCUACACCUGCCACCCCCAGUACCCUACACACCUCUCUGUAGCUAUGGACAAGUUCAGAUACAGGCUUCCAUACUCCCAAUACUUCGGAGGGGUGUCUGCUGUAACUCCAGAGCAGUACCUCAAGAUGAAUGGCUUUCCCAACCAGUAUUGGGGCUGGGGAGGAGAGGAUGAUGACAUCGCAGCUCGAGUCCGUCUCUCUGGGAUGAAGAUAAUGCGCCCGCCUUUGGCCAUUGGUCAUUAUAAGAUGAUCAAACAUAAAGGAGAUCAGGGUAAUGAGCAGAACCCGAGAAGGUUUGACUUGCUGAAGCGCACAAGGCUGAACUGGCGCUCAGAUGGACUGAACUCACUGACUUAUGAGCUCCUGUCCAAAGAGUUGGAGCCAUUGUACACUAAUUUGUCUGUCAACAUUGGGGAUGAUCCACACCAUAACCCUAUGAAGGCUCUACCUUGGAAGUCAAAGCCUCAACCCGUUCCAACCAAUAAAACGAAGACUGAAAAAGUGCGUGUGGUGAUCAAUCAUAAUGCUACAAAAGUGGAGCUCACCCACUUGAAUGCCAGUAAUGUAAGUUCAAAUGUUGGUCAAAAAGCUCCUUUGAACCAGGAGGUGGGAUGAUUCUGAUAAUCAAGUAUCCACAGAAAAUCCACAGGGUGAGAUAUUGAUGGAUAGUGGAGGAAAUACCAGUUUGCUCUUUGUUUUAUACCAUAAAGCAUUGCUACUCUAGGCAAAUAAUUUAAUUCCACUGAAAGUUGACUGAAACGGUUUGGCCGCCUCUGAAUGUUGUUCAGCUGCUGAUAUGGUGACAUUUGCACAAGUCUGGAAUCAUAUGCUGAAGAUCUUGUUUUGCUGUAGGAGUCAUAUCAGAGUGGGCCGAGCUGUAAACCCUCUCGAAAGUGACCAGUCGAUGUACCUGUGCAAGUCCUGUGUGUUUUUGAGCCGAUGUGCUGCCAGCUGCUGCUCUUCACCCCACUGUGUGGGUCUGUUUUUCUGUGCCUUUUCUUGCCAUUGAUCCAGUCUCUUAUCAACAUGCCAUGACUUAAUCAAAAACAUUAUUACUGCACACCACUGUUAUUAAUACUACAGUUGAAUGCUCAUUCCACGUUUAUCUAUUUUCUCUUCUUUUAAUAUCAGCACACACUGCUUUGUGAUCUAGAGCUUGCGCAGACAUGUCACUGUGGUCUAUUUUUGGUCUUACUGUACAAACUUAGAAAGGUGUGCUCUUUCUCUUUUAGCUGCUCAAGAUACCUAUUAAUAGUUUUAUGAUAUUGUGUAAAAGAUAAUUAUUUUAGGUAUUGUGUGGUGCCUUUGUUGGAUUCCAUUUUGGUUGUAGACAAUCACUGGGAUAAGCAUAUCAAAUUACCAAAUUAUGUAGAAUCUUUUCCCACUUCUAUUUGGUAAAUAGAUUUGAUGGUUUAGGUUGAAGUGUGACUUAAGUCUAAGACGUUAGUUGUUAUUUUAAGAGUUUAUAAACAUUAAACAGGUAAUGGUUUAUGGUUCGUUAUAUAGAAAGAAUGCAUUUUAUUUGUUAGUAAAAAAUAUUGGUUGUAUCACCAUCAUGGCACUUUUACAGCAUGUAAAUAACUGCACUCUGUAUUAAACACAGUCCUAGAGUGUAAGGUACAUUUAAAGAACAAAGAUAUUAGUGACAUACAUUUAUCUUUUGAAAUAAAAACUGCAUUGCACAUUAAAUUAGCAGGUUCACUUACAUUUUUCAAAAAAAGAUCUUAUUAUUUGCUGUAAAUGAUAGUCUGAGGGGGAUCAUUGAGAAUGUGACAUGGUGCAUAUUUCAAAUUUCAUUUCAAAGAGGUUGUUUAAAUGAUGUAUUCUGGUUUUGAUACACAAUUCUUAGUGCGACAGCCUAAAAAAAAAAAAACAUGUUUUACUUCAUGCCAUUGUAUUAAAACUACAAAAAGUGUAUUUGCAAGACACUUGUAUACUUAUAUAUAUACAUUAAAGUACAUAGUUUAUUAGAUACAGUAUUUGGCAUUAGUUUUAAAUUUCUUGAAGGCCUAAUUGUCUCUUACUUGAGAACAUCAUAUCUGAUCUUAAGAUCUUAACUGUUUUAGACGUGACAUGCUCUGGAAAAGUAGUACGAUUUUUAGUAUGGUUCUUUUUGUCGAGGGGGGGGGGGUCAUGUCAUUUUUGGUCAAACAUUUUGUUGAUUUAAAUGUAUAUUCGAAUGUCUUCUCUUCUGGCUAUGAUGACUGUUGGUUUAUACAAACCCGAUUCUAAAAAAGUUGGAACACUGUACAAAUUGUGAAUAAAAACAGAAUGCAAUGAUGUAGAAGUUUCCAAUUUCUAAAUUUAUUCAGAAUACAACAUAGAUGACAUGUUUAAACAGAGAAAAUAUAUCAUUUUAAG